UUUCCAGCUUCGGGUUCAGUCAGGGCAAUGGAUUAGCAGUCUUUACAGACACUUUAGCCAGGUCUCUCUCCACACUUCAUUUUCCAUUUGCAGGCACUGAAUCAUUAUAAAGGUUCCGUCACUCCAGACAGACAGGCAGAGAGAUAUACAGAAAGAGAGAGAGGGCGCCUGGGGUAAAGUACUUUUUUUUUUUUUUUUCCUUUGGACAACCACCCAGCAGUGUGUUUGCUGUGAACGGAUCUUCAGAGUGUGAGAGGAGAGCAACAAAAGGGAGCGAGAAGGGGUGUGUUAGAAUCACGGACAGUUUCUCAGGACUCCAGCGACGACUAGCCAGUCAGUGUCUGGUGAACGGGCGUGUGCGCAAAGAUGUGCGCGCAUGUGUGCGGCCAUGCGUGUGUACGUGUGUGUGGAUCAGCGGCAACACACACUUAACAUUUGCUCGAAACAUGGCGUGGAAGCGCCGAGAGACACGACGGCUCUUCCCGAUUAAUGCCAGCGUUUUCUUGGGGAAGCCAGAGGACUGUUCAGCAAAGAGCGAAACAUUCUGACUCUUUUACGCACCGACGGAGACAAAAGCGGAUUCCAACGUGUGCAUGUCGCUAUAGCUGGUUGUUUAGACGCACGCUGCUACCCCACUGGUGGAAAUCAAAGGCUGUACAUGGCGGUGGAGAGUCCAGUUUGGCUGUUCUGUCUUCUUUCUCUGUUUUGUGGUGCAUCCAACCAAGAAAAGCCUGUUUCAGUAGAGUUGAGCUGUGGUGCUGGACCUAGCCAUGUAGUGUUGGAGCCAGGCUUUCCCCUCUUGUUGGACUGCAACCUGGGGGCCAGUGACUCACCUUUCAAUGUCACCUGGCUGAAGGAUGGCCAGCUGCUGCCUCUGGAGGGGACUGAAUACCUGCAGCAUCUUGUCAAUGGAUCCCUCUUUCUGCUGCCCACCUUUACGAGUGGCCAGCCUCCCCAGGAUGUGGAGGGGAGUUACAGCUGUGUGUGUGCCAGCGCCCUAGGUGCACUGACCAGCCGGUCUGUGAACGUGCUUCUAGCAAGUCUGUCUGGGUUCCAUCAGGAGCCGUCACCACAAACGGUGUCCACUGGGGGAGCUGCACGCUUUGAGUGUCAAAUUGAAGGAGUACCCACACCUAUUAUAACCUGGGAGAAGGACAAAGUGGCUGUCCCCGAUGAGACAAGAUUCAUUUCCCUUCCUAAUGGGGUGCUCCAGAUUCUGGAGGUGACCAAGGAGGAUGAGGGCGUCUACCGCUGUGUCGCAACCAAUUCUGCCAGAAAAGACAUCAGUGAUGAAGCCAGGCUGACUGUCACUGCAGGCUCUAAUGAUGCCCUGAACCCAGUUGUGAUUGUUGCACCACCUCAGAACGCCACCGUCGUGCUUGGCCAUCCUGCUGUGAUGGAGUGUAUGGCACAAGGCCAGCCGAAACCUCUGGUGUCCUGGAGCAGACAAGAUGGAAAGCCCAUUUCCACUGAUGUGGUGGUCCUCGCAACAAACCUGGUGAUUAGGGACACAAGGCGUCACCAUGCCGGUGUCUACGUCUGCCGAGCCAACAAGCCCAAGACCAGAGAGUUUGUCAUUGCUGCUGCUGAGCUGCACGUGCCUGCCCCUCCAGUGAUUCUUCAGCCCCCAGAGACAGUUUCCCUAUCCCGUGGAAAUACAGCCAGAUUUCUGUGCAACAGUUCUGGGGAACCUCCUCCAGUGCUGCACUGGCUGAAGAAUGGCCAGUCUAUCAAGUCAUUCAGACGGGUGAAGACUCAGAGCCCUGGAGUCCUGCUCAUCAACCAGCUGGCUCUGGAGGAUGGGGGCUACUACCAGUGCAUAGCUGACAAUGGGCUUGGUACAGCCUGUGCCACUGCCAAACUAACGGUCAUUGUGAGGGAAGGUCUGCCCAGCCCUCCUCGCCACGUGUCUGCUACACCCUACUCUAGCACAACCACCAUGCUCACCUGGGAGAAACCUGAGUACAACUCAGACCAAAUUGUUGGCUACUCUGUACACUGCCAGCGUGCUGCAGGCUCCGAUAAUGACGACUAUCAGUUUGCAGUGAACAAUGACACUACAGAGUAUCUCUUCAAAGAGCUUCUGCCCCAUACUGCAUACACAUUCUAUGUGGUGGCUUACUCUCCCAUGGGUGCCAGCAGUCCAUCUCCGCGUGUUACCGUAGACAUGCUGGAGGAUGUGCCGAGUGCACCUCCUCAGCUGUCCAUAGCCAGCCCGUCCCCCACUGAAAUCAGGCUGAUGUGGCAUCCGCUGUCCUCACAGCACAGUCGAGGAGCUAUUACCCGCUACUGCAUUGAGUACAGCACACUGGAUCGGGCAGACACUGUAUUCUCCGUAGAGGUGAGGGGGAACGAGACUCAGUUCACCCUGAGAGAGCUCCAGCCCAACAAGGUUUACCGACUGAGAAUAGCAGCUGGAACAGCUGUUGGCUUUGGCAUACCCUCUGAAUGGGUCCAGCAUCAAACAUUAGCCCAUUACAACCACAGUAACCGGAGCAUGGUGAUCUUUGCACCCACUGAUCUGAGAGUCAGAGCCAGAGUUAAUACACUCAAUGUGACGUGGCAUCCCUCACCCAAUCAUACACUGGUCUCUGGUUACAAACUGUCCUAUCGAGAGGUGGAGGCCGAUGAGUUAUCCAACAGAGAAAGAUCAACACACCCCUACACCAUCAGGCUCCGUAAAAAGGCUAGGUAUCAUCUGCUAACUGGGCUGGUCCCUGACCAGCAGUAUGAGGUGAGGGUUUGGGCAUUCAACAAGCAGACGGAUGGAGCAGCUGUAGUGUGGAAGGGAAGGACAGACAAAGCCCAUGAUGAAACACCGUUGCCUCCCAGGCACCCACCUCCAAUGCCGCCGAGCAGCAUUCAAGCUGCAGCCAACAGCUCCAACGCCAUCUGGCUCCGCUGGGAGAAACCACGGUUCAGCAAUGUUCGCAUCAUCAACUACAUAGUGCGCUGCAGCCCGGCAGGGACAACCAACGCAUCUUUGGUCUCCUAUUACACCAGUUCUGCUCAGGAGAUCCUGCUUGGAGGACUAAAACCUUUCACCCGCUAUGAGCUAGCAGUGCAGUCUAAUGGAGUGGACGUGGUUGGACCCUUCAGUGGUACUGUAGAGGAGUCCACUCUGUCUGACCGGCCCUCCACACCUCCAGAGGAACUGCAGCUGAGUGCUUUGGACUCCUCCUCUGUGCUGGUGAGCUGGCGCCCUCCACUGGAGCCGAAUGGUAUUAUCAUCAGCUACAGGAUUUUGUACAGUGUCAAUACCAGCGAACCUGAGCAGAUGUGGAAAAAUCUCUCUCAGGAUGGGGGCAUUACCAGUGUGGAGAUCCAUGGUUUGUGCAGUGGGACUCGUUAUUUUUUUAAGCUGGGAGCAUCUACUGAGGUGGGGGCAGGACCUUAUUCAUCUAUAAAAGAUGUUCAAACCCCCUUUCCCAAAUAUGAGCUGGACAUCUAUGCAGUUACAGGCAUCAUAGCCGGUGUGUGCUUGGGACUGAUAUGCAUCCUCCUCUGCAUGUGUUUCAGCUUUCGUAACAGCAAAUCCAGGGAGGUAUCUGGAGGUCUUAACUCUACAGCUGUGACACCUCAGUUCAGGAGAGAUGGCUGCUCUGUUCCAGUCAGCACGCCUGACUGCAGUGAUAGCCAUGAGCUGGAAACAUUGAUGCCCCCAGGCAGCCAAGAAUCUGGUCAGCUGCCAGCAGAAGCCCCAGAGGAACAGAGUCUGAUGGCAAGUGCUAAUCCAGGGGAGGGGGAAGAUGCCCCUGCACCUGAACCCAAGGCUGCUUGGAAUGGCUCUGUGAGUCAUAACUGGGUCAACAGAAUUACAAGAUACCGAGACACCAUCACAGAAGACUCUCCAACAAUAAAUAAUGGAGCUCUCAAUGUCCUUAUAAAGGCUGAUGGCAUGGAAUUAGACGAUCGUCUGUGUACAUCCCUGUGCAGUAACCAGGUGGAGGCAGAAGUCAUUGUUCACUCUGAGCUGUCAGACCCUGACAGGGAGAAUGAGGACGAGCGCAGCGAUUGUGAUUCUAACACCACCAGGGGACCCUCAUUAUCAGAGGAUAUAUAUUCCCCUUUGGGUCAGCCAAGUUCACCAAGAGAGGAGGAACUCCCAGAAAAACUUUCUCUUGCUGAAAAUCUUCUGAGUAUUUCCUCGAAAACACUGCUGGCUAAUCACAAUGGGGAGAAGGAGGUGCACCAGCCGACGGGAGACACAGAGCCACAGCAGGAUGUGGGGCUAAUCAAUGGCUUCCACUCUCCUAAGACUGUGAGGUCUGUGUUGAGUUCAGAGCACUUGGAAAAUGGGGAUUCCAGGCACUGCUCAUCAGCACCAAGGAAGGCCAUUUCUACUGGACUCUCCCCUGCUCCCUUUGUCAGCUCUGGCUUUGUCCACUCUACCUCAGCAGCACACACAUAUCUGUGCCCAUAGCCUCUGCAUGAAGGGCAUCAUCCACAAAUCAUCAGCUAAGACUUACUUUCAGGAAGAAUCCCUAAGGGUUAUUUUUAUGCACCUCAUCAAUGGAUUUCUUUUGCUUCCCUGUAAAGUUUUAUAAGAACUUUGAAUCCAUCUUUUCAUAUGUGUGCAUAUACAUUAUACAUGCAUUUUAGAGGUAGAGAACUGUUUGUAGGUUCUCAAUCAUUGCAACUGUACUUUCCUUUCAGUACCUUUCCUUUUCAUAAGGAAGAAAAAGGAAAAUUUAGAAUAACCAAGCAGAUGGAAGUGGAUUGGAGAAGGCUAUUCUCACUGUGUCACACAUAACUCUGUUCCACUCAGGAAUGAGGAGAAAAAGGAAAUGAGUGAGCAUUUAGACAGGAUAUCAUCAGCAAUGGUCGGAUGGAAGCUGGAGAUUCACUCCAGGCUUUGUUGUGUUGAUGCCACUAUAAUGUGGCACUGAGGAAUGAACCUUAAAGAGUAUCUGCACACUGUGAGAGUGCAGAACACCUGUGUCUCUCUCCAGCCUCCUACUAUCUCAGGGUCUACACACACAUACUGGAACAUACACAGGAAUCAUUGCUAAUUCCAGUCAUGCAUAAACACACAUUUACACAGAUUUCCUGGAGUGUGGGGGUCUCAGGUGCCUAAUUAUUCUAGGUGCAUUUAUAACCUCUAAAUAUUUCUAUUGACAAAUAUAUUUAGUACGAGUACAAAACAUGUCAACAUGAGGAAAACAAAAGAACUCAAAAUGUAAAAAGAUGUUUGUUGCAUUUAAUGUUUCUUUUCCAA